AUGAUAAUUGAAACUAUACAAUUUCGAAAUAAAGUCCAAUGUCAAGGGAAGGCAUUUCUUGAAAGGGAAAAUCUUAUAUCUUGUUUCUGGAUGGGCCAUUUAUCUAAGUAUUUUGGAGAACCAACUUCUUCAUGCUGCACAAAGCAUGUACAAAAUAAUGAUCCAAAGGAAUUCAUUGCCGAAAACAGGAUUUUUUGGAAUUUAUAUGGUUCAGAAUUAAUGGAACAGACUACGCAUAGAAAUCGAAACCCAAAAGUAAAUCCAAAACCCAAAGCUCCUCCACCUACGAAACCGAAACCACCAAAAUUAUCAACAAUAAACUUAAAUAAAGUUGAUAACGAUCCAAAUUCAUCCUCAAUCCCUUCAAAGCGUAUAAUUACAACACCAAUUCGCGGAACGAAUGUUCAUAGAUUAUCAAGUGUAUUUGAGGAUUCAAAAGAUGGUUUAAACGUCAAGUCUCGUACUCUUCCUCGAUCACCAAAGCAAACUAUUCCAGCUAGCUCGUUAGUGUUUGGUGAUAUUAAAGCGAGAUUUCAACAAGUUCAAGAUAGGACGAUACCGAAUCCCACAAAAAAACCAUCUGCGCUUACUACCAACCGUACAAUUUCGAAAAGUCUGGAAAGAGGGCUACAACCAACGACUACAAUUAAUUCACGAUCUCUUAAUCACACAUCAAUAUCUCAACAAUCCGACUAUAUCUCUAUAAUUGACGAUGAUUUUGUAAAUUUCAGUAGGGAAUGGAUAGAUGUAGCCGAGGAUAAUUAUUUACCAGAGAUAGAGACUAAACCUGCAAAAUUAUCACCAACUAAAUCUUUGUCAAUUUCACGUUUGUCAAAUAACAAGUCUUAUAAUGAUGUACCAUCUUCAACAAAAAAACAAUUUCAUUCUGUUUCGCUGGAAGAUUUCAAGGCAAAAAGAGAGAGCAUAGCUAGUCUACUGGCUGUAUCGGCACCAACGAUACAGCUGAAUCCUGAUACUGAGACUUACUAUGAGACUUCAAAAGCAUUACCACCUACACCUCCUUCUAAAACUCCAACAGAUCUAGUUCAUCCUUCCACAACUUUGGCAUCAGAGUUUUAUAAAAGACCUAAAAGUGCAAUAUCCCUUCCAAGUCCUUCAAGUGAGGCUAUUCUUAAAGAAGAAAUUCAUGCUAACAAUAUUAAGAGAAGGAAGAAAUUAUGGAAUGUCACAAAAGAACUUGUCGAAACAGAAAAGAACUUUUUCCAAGAUAUGGUGCUCCUGGAAGAGGUUUAUUCAAUUCCAGCACAAGAAAUUCCUAUUUUCAAUCCCUAUGAUUGUAAAGCAAUAUUUAGUAAUUUACCUGAAGUAAUUGAUUUUUCGGCAGAAUUCUCAGAAUUAUUGGAAAGGGCAGCUGGUAUGGAAGAUUCAGAUGAUAAUGUUGACAAACAUUUAGAGAAUGAAAAUUAUAACUCGUUAAUAGGAGCAGCAUUUUUACAGAUGAUGAAAAAGCAAGAUGGUUGUGAAAGUAGAAUGGAAUCAGUAUAUGGUGAAUACUGUAAAAGACAUGAAACCGCUGUUCAAAAGCUUCAAGAAUUUGACAAGGAUGAGAAUAAAUGUAAAGAUCUAUGUGAAGGUCGAACAAGAAGUUGGGAUAUAGCGAGUCUUUUAAUUAAACCAGUGCAGCGUGUAUUAAAAUACCCUCUGUUAUUGCAGCAAAUUUUUUCACUUACAAGCGAAUUACAUCCAGAUUAUGACGACCUUAAGUUUGCCUUCGAAGAAAUACAAAAGGUUGCUGAAAGAAUAAAUGAGAUCAAGAGACGGAAAGAUAUUGUUGAAAAAAUAGUUGGUAGUAAGAAAAAAACGGAUGCUGAUAUUAAACAUGCUACUGGUAUAUCCAAAGCCACUGAAGAUGAACUUUACAAUUUUUAUGUAAUAAAGUUCAGGAAUUUAGAACAACAAGGAAUGCAAUUGAUAAAAGAUGUAAAGGAUUGGGUGAGAGAUGUUAAAGUAUUCUUUGAAGAUCAACAGCGUAUUGCUGCCGCUUUUGAAGAUAUCUACUUACUUAGAAGUCAAUCUUACAAGGUUACAUAUAAAGAGGAAAUUAGAAAAGUAGUGGAAUAUGCAAAGGCUAUUAAGGAACUUGCAGCAACAAAUGGAAAAGAAAUGGAGGCAGUUAUAAGAAAAAAUAUAAUGCCGCAGAUUGAGAGGUUUUUGGAGUUAUUUAAAGCACCUGCCGCUGUUAUGAGAAAAAGAGAAAGAAAAAUUUUGGACUAUGAUAGAGCAAUGUCAAUAAAAUCUAAAGGUGGAACACUUGAUAAGCAUCUUCAACAAUCCGCAGAUGCCUUUAAAUCAAUUUCAGACCAAUUACAUGAAGAGUUACCUGGCUUUUUUAAACUAAUGACACAAUAUUUCGACAUAAUUGUGCAAGAAUUAAUUAAAAUACAAUCAAAACUUUAUGAACGGAUGGGAAUGGAUUUUAGACAAUUUUAUUAUAAGUUUGUAGAUUCUCAAGCAUUAGAUCACGUUUCACGCGACAGAGAAUUGGUGUUAAGAGAAAUGGAUGUAGUUACGGAGUACGAAGAAUAUUAUGAACGAAUAAAGAUGGAAGCAAAGUUGGAACGUUUAUGUAUAUUAAAUAAUCCUGAAGGAUUUGUAAUAUCUGGACCAGAUUUUAAUGAGUUCGGAAGAGGAAAAAGAUCUAGUUGGUCAGAUUCAUCAGGAUCUUCAAGGAAAGCCGAUGAUUCAAAACUUUUUUUAGUGUCUAAAGAUCAUAACAGAAAAGGUGGAUUAUGGGAAGAUGAUUUAGAACAUUCAAAUUCAUCAUAUCAGGAUUAUUUGGGAAUAAAAUCUGAUCAAAAUCCAUUUAUCGAUGAUUUUAAUGUUAAUAAUUACAAAUCAGAAAAUAAAUAUACACAUGGAAAAGAUUUAACAGAUAGUACACUUGUUGGUUGUAAUAGAUCAUUAAAUAAUUCAAUUCUUGAAGACGAUGAAAUUACAUUGACGGAGAAUGAGGAGAAUAAGGAAGAAACGGAUAAAGCAAUAUUUUUUUGUACAGCAAUUACAUCAAAACGUCCAAAACGAAAGAAUUUGUUAACUUUUGAAAGAGAUAGUUUAUUAAAAAUUAUACAUCUUGAUGAGGGUGGUGAAUGGUGGUUUGCUGUUAAUGAAGAGACUCAAGGAAGAGGUUGGGUUGAUCCCAAAAAUGUUAGAAGAAUUGACUAA